GUGAAAUGACUGUUUAAACAGGAAGUGUCUGUUUUAGAUGACACCGGACAGCAGUUAUUUUUAUUAAUGUGUCAGUAUGGGCUCCGGUGCACUGGCUCUCAUUCUCUUGCUGAUGUCCUUCAUCCACGCUGGACUCACUCAAGCGAAACCAAAAGCUGUAGUGAAGGUGACUCCAGAUGAGCGUGUGUUCAGAGGAGAGAGAGUCACUCUCACAUGUGACAUACAGGGAGCAGGACACACUCAGUGGAUAUAAAGAUGGUUUAAAGAUGGAUAUACUCUAUACAGAACAACAGCAGAGUACAGUUUCACAGCUGAUGUGUCUCACAGAGGUGAAUACAGCUGUAGAGGAGACACACACUCACAGAGAUCAUCAGACAUCAGUGCUGCUGUUACACUGACUCUAUCAGAUUCCCCCAGAUCUUCACUGACUGUGACUCCAGACAGUCCUGUAUUCACUGGAGAGACAGUCAAUCUGAAGUGUGUGAUUGAGUCUCACAGUAACUGGAGAUAUGAGUGGUAUAAAGACACAGACAGUGUAAUGUUACAGACGUCUGAUCGUUACACUGUAAACAGAGACACUCUCACUAUCAGAGGAGUAAUUACAUCUGAUCAGGGUCAGUACUGGUGUAGAGGACAGAGAGAUCAGAGACCAAACUCAUCAAGAUCUGCUGUUUAUCUUACUGUGACAGAUUCCCCCAGAUCUUCACUGACUGUAACUCCAGACAGUCCUGUAUUCACUGGAGAGACAGUCAAUCUGAAGUGUGUGAUUGAGUCUCACAGUAACUGGAGAUAUGAGUGGUAUAAAGACACAGACAGUGUAAUGUUACAGACGUCUGAUCGUUACACUGUAAACAGAGACACUCUCACUAUCAGAGGAGUAAUUACAUCAGAUCAGGGUCAGUACUGGUGUAGAGGACAGAGAGAUCAGAGACCAAACUCAUCACAGGACAGUGACCGAAUACAUCUGUCUCUUAAUGGUUCAGGUCAGAUUUCUGUCUUCAGCAUCCUCAGUUUUCUUCUGGCAGCUUGUCCGUAUCUGCUGUCGACAGUCGUGCUGCUGUUCAAAUGUUACAGAGCGAGAGUUACAUCUACUGAAGACCAAAGCCAGUACGCUGUAACAGAGGAACAAACUUCAACCUGAUUUCAUCCAUUCUUCAAACCGAGUGCAGAGUCUCAGGAUGCUGGAGUUUCAGACUGAAGGAAACUCACAAGACUAACAGACACACAUUCACACUCUCACACAUGCAGACUAUUAGCGUUUCUAAUUCUCCUGGGGCCUCAUGUAUACAACUUUACACAGAGUUCAUCACAAAUGUUAUC